GCUCGCGCCAGGCCCCGCCCCUCUCCUCCGCCGUGAGGGGAAUUCCCCCCCCCCCACCGACUCCCUCUCAGCCCCACGGCGCUCCCGGGACCCCCCGAGACCCUCGACACCCCCCGGCUGCGCCCCGGGGCAGCGGCGGCACCCCCGGAACGGCCCCGAGACCCAUGGCUGCAGAGGUUCCCUGCGCCCCGAGCGCCGUCAUCCCCCUGCCAGGUGCGGGCCCCAUGAGGGAGCGGGGUGGGGGGUGAGGCGCCGGGCCCCUCCAUAACGCUUGUCCCCCCCUCAGCCCCUGCCGAGAGCGGCUGCUCGGACGAGUUUGCCCUGGACUGCACCUUUGCCGCCUGCGACCCCGAGCGUACAGGGCUGGUGCAGCCACAGCGGGUGGUGGAGUACGUGGCAGCGAUGACCGGGCACAACGGGCACGAUGGGCGGCUGCAGGCGCUGCAGCGGGCGCUGGACCCCACGGCCGCGGGCACGGCGCUGGACUGGAGCCGGUUCCGCAGCGCCAUGGGUGCCUGGAUCGCAGCGUGCCGGCAGGACGGGGCCGAGGAGCAGGACGUGGCCACUGGUGACACUGGAGCAGUGCCAGCAGAGGACGAAGGACACGCAUCCCCAGCCACCACCCCGCUCCAGGGUGACAACACGGACGUCACCAGCCCGUAAGUGCCUGCUGUGGGGACACCCCGCCAUCCCUGGCCGUGCUCCCAGGAGCACGCCAGGAGCAGUGGGACUCCCCAGCAGCGCCGAGGCCGCAGGUCUCCGGAGCCGUGCCCGGCAGCUGGCGGCCCAGAAUGCCAAACUGCAGCGGGAUGCCGAGCUGGCCGAGGAGCUCAACACCCGCCUGGCCGAGGAGAUUGCGCAGCUCCAGGCGCAGCUGCGAAGCAGCCGGCAGGCGCUGGAGCAGGCCAGGGUGGCCGUGGAGGAGCUGGACGACAUGAAGGCCGUGGUGAAGCGGCUGGAGGAGGAGAACACCGAGCUCCGGCGGCAGGCACGGCUUGCGGAGAAGGAGCAGCGCAGCCUGUGCUCGCGGGCCGAGGGCCUACAGGAGGAGAACCAGCGGCUCCUUGCCGAGGGCCAGGGACUGCGGGAGCAGAUCCAGGCGCAGGCGGCUCGGAUGGCCAGCCUGGAGGCCCAGCUCUGCCGUGGCACUACCCUGCUCUCUGCCCGGGAUGCAGCCCUUGCCCAGGCAGGGCAGCGGGCGCAGGAGCUGACAGCAGCACUGGAGGAGUACGAGCGGAUGGUGCAGGAAUUGCGCCUGGAGACGACGCGGCUGCGGCAGCAGCUGGGCCGGAUGCGGGACGCCUGGGCCAUGCGCCCGUGGUGCCCACGCAGCCAGCUGGACCUCCAGGCCACGGCCACGGCAAGCCCGGGCGCGGGGGACAAGGAGGAAGAGGAGGACGCAGGGACAGCGCUGUCUGCAGGAGGAGGAGGUCUGGUGGGGAGCACUGCGGAGGUGGCCAAGGUGGUGGCCCCCCAGGCGCCGCUGUCACCGUGGACACCGCUGUCACCGUGGGCUCUGGCGCUGCUGGCACUGCUGGCCCUGCUCUACCUCUUGCCCCGCCAGUGGCCCCAGCCACAGCUGCGCCACCGGAGCCCCCCGCCCCUGUGAGACCCCCAGUAAAGGUUGUUUGGGCAGCGCUGA